AUGUCUCGGUCAUCCCCAGCCCAGCCUAGUGGCAGAGCGAAGAAGAACGAAGAAGCACCUGCUGAUGUUGGCCGGCUCGUCCGAAGUAUCGGGAAAGAUGCACCCGAGGUCGGCGACCCCGUCGGAGGCCCGUUCGUCGGCUUCACGAAAACUGCACCAUCAUGGCUACUUAUGUUUAUUGGAGGUCCCGACUCCGCGCGGGCGAACGGGGCGCCCGCAAUUUGCGGACCGUCGGGGCGCCCCGCUAACUACGCAUUUACAGCGCUUUAUGGCGCG